GAAAAAUAAUUGUUUUGGUUUGUUUGAUGAUAAGCAUCGCAGUAAUAAACGCGCAAGGCUCAUAUAAAAGUGGAUACUGUCCUCUCCAAAAUACUGUUACGAGAUGCAUGCCGAGAUGUCACAGCGACUAUGAAUGUUCGUUUAAUGAAAAAUGCUGCCCGAAUAAAUGCGGCUCUAUGUCUUGCGUGUCACCGAGUGCAGUCGCAACUGGUUACAACGGCGGAUACAAAGGUUCUGGAGAUAAUGGGGUCAGUUGUGGUGGAACAACCUGCAAUAAAUAUCAAAAAUGCGAAUUUAACCGUAGUACCAAACGUUACGAAUGCGUUCGUACAUAG